AUGCGGUUGACCACGUUUUACGCUAUAUUUCUGGCUCUCGUCUUGGCAGUGUACGCUAAAACCAGCAAGACUGGGUUUUGCGCUACAUCUCCUUUCCCUCAAGUAGACGGCGUUCAAGUACCAGACAAGGCAACUUGCUCUUCCACUGCACUUGGUGAAAUUCCCGAUGUUGACAAUAUGGUCUCAACCCUCGUUCUCUUCCCAACGCCGGAGACGACAAUAAAAGCAAAUAAACCAUUCACAGCUGCCGUGAAAGUGACAAACUUGGAUUCCGGUUUUUUCCUUGACCCCGAACAUAAGUACUACAAAGUUCCUCAAAGAUUGAAUAAACAAGGUAAAAUCCAAGGCCAUUCUCACAUUACCGUUCAGAAACUAAAGAACCUGCAUACGCCUCCGGAUGCCAGCAAAUUUGAAUUCUUUGCGGCACUUAACGGGAAAACAGGAAAAAACGGUCUUUUUAAACAAAAAGUUGAUGGGUUAAGUGCUGGACUUUAUAGGUUGUGCACUCUUUCUGCAUCGGCUUCCCAUGCUCCUUUGGUUAUGCCAGUAGCUAAGCGUGGUGCACAGGAUGAUUGUGUUCGUUUCAGAGUAAAAUAA